CGAGAAUCCAGUGAAUCGGUGCGCUGCCUGGCGGUCCCUGCGAGAAGGACUCGGUGACUCUGCGUCUUUAUUGGGAUCCCUCGUUUCUUGCGCUGUACGAGGACUUUCAUCCUCGAUUUGCCCCGCUCAAGUCUCCGCGAGUACAGUGGAUGGCAGUCCACCUUCUUUUACAAAAUGACUAUGCGAGCACGACAGAAGAUUCGGGCUCCCCGAAGGGGCCUGACCUCGAGCAAAACUGAUGAAUUCGAAAGCUAUUGGAAUGUCCUCUCCACGUCUCUUAAGAUGAUCCACACCAAGAACGCCUCCAGCCUUUCCUUCGAGCAGCUAUAUCGAAACAGCUAUAAUAUUGUCUUGAUGAUGCGCGGUAAUGACCUUUACGACAAGGUCAAGGAGUUAGAGCAGGAAUGGCUCGAUACCGAUGUUCAAAAGCGAGUCACGGCCGCCGUUGUGCCUGGGCUUCUGCUAUCAAACGAGGCCGGGCAUGCGGAAGAUCAAGCGAACGAGAAGAGAGCGGCAGGCGAGAAGUUUCUGGUGGCUCUGAAGGAGGCGUGGGAGGACCAUCAGCUGUGCAUGAGCAUGAUCACGGACGUUCUUAUGUACAUGGACCGAGUAGUUUCGGCAGACAAAGGACGGCCGUCGAUCUACGUUACAGCCAUGGCCUUGUUCCGUGAUUCUAUCCUCCGAUCUGGAAUCCGGCCAAAUCUGGAAACGACUGUCGUUAGCGCCCUGGAAUCCACGGUACUAUUCAUGAUCCAGCUAGAACGAUCCGGGCAUAUCAUAGACCGGACUCUGGUGCGACACUGCAUCUAUAUGCUUGAGGGUCUCUACGAGACCAUCACGGAGGAGGAAUCGUCUCGGCUUUACCUGACUAUCUUCGAGCCAGCUUUUCUCGAGACCAGCAGGGUUUUCUAUCGAGCAGAAGGCAAGCGAUUGCUGGAGACGGCAGACGCUGCUACCUUCUGUAAAGUCGCUUCCGAGCGCAUAUCGGAAGAAAAGGAGCGUUGUCUCUACACGUUGUCUACUCUGUCGGAGCCGAAAAUCAAAGAUGUCCUGGACAAUGAGCUGAUCCGCAACAAUAUUGCUGAGGUUAUUCAACUUGAAGGGACGGGCGUCAAGAACAUGAUCGACAACGAUCGCUUGGAUGUGCUCCGAAAUGUCUAUACGCUCAAUUCGCGGGUCGACAGUAAGAAGACCCCUCUGACUGUGGCUGUUCAGAAGCGCAUAGUGGAACUGGGCCAAGAGAUCAAUGCCUCAGCAGCGUCUGCCCAAGCACCUCAACCAAAGCCAGCAGGGAAGAGCGCCGACGGCAAGAAGCCGGAAAAGGAGAAAGAAAAACCUGUGAACCAGCAAACAGUCUCUGCUAUCAAGUGGGUAGAUGACAUUUUGGCUCUCAAAAAGAAGUUCGACAAUAUCUGGCAGAAUGCGUUCCAGUCGGACCAGGUGAUGCAGAGUGCCAUUACGACCAGCUUUUCGUCGUUCAUUAACUCCAACGGACGCAGUUCGGAGUAUCUGUCUCUUUUCUUUGAUGAGAACCUGAAGAAGGGUAUCAAGGGCAAGACUGAAAGCGAGGUUGACUCUCUCCUGGACAACGGUAUCACACUCCUGCGCUAUAUCAAGGACAAGGAUCUUUUCGAAGCAUACUACAAGAAGCAUCUGUCCCGGCGUCUUCUGAUGAAGCGUGCAGUCAGCAUGGAUGCAGAGCGACAGAUGAUCUCAAAGAUGAAGAUGGAAGUUGGCAAUCAGUUCACGCAGCGUCUAGAGUCCAUGUUCAAGGACAUGACAAUCUCCGAGGAUCUGACUGCCAGUUACAAGGAGCACAUUCGGCAGGCAGGGGACCCCGACCGCAAGCCCAUUGAUUUAGAAGUCAAUGUUCUCACUAGCACCAUGUGGCCCAUGGAAGUCAUGUCCGCCGCCAAGGGGGACAGCGUCCAGAUGUCUUGCGUUAUCCCGAAGGAGGUCGAAAGCGUCAAGCAGAGCUUCGAGAAGUUCUACUUGGGCAAACACAGCGGCCGAAAGCUUUCAUGGCAGCCCAGCAUGGGCUCGGCCGAUAUCCGAGCGACGUUCCAAAGAUCCAACGGCAAGACUCAGCGCCACGAGCUCAAUGUUUCCACAUACGCCAUGGUCAUUCUACUGCUAUUCAACGACUUGCCCGCCGACCAGUCCCUAACCUUUGAAGAGAUCCACGCGCGGACGCGCAUUCCCGAGCAUGAUCUUAUUCGAAAUCUCCAGUCGCUAGCCGUUGCACCUAAAACGCGAGUUCUGAAGAAGGAGCCGAUGAGCAAGGACGUGAAGCCCACCGAUGCAUUCUUCUUCAACAACGACUUCCACAGCCCGUACAUGAAAGUCCGCAUCGGCGUCGUCAGCGGCGGUGCCAACAAGGUCGAAAACCAGGACCAGCGAAAGGACACAGAGAAGCGCAUGAACGAUGAGCGUGGUGCCAGCAUUGAAGCAGCCGUCGUGCGAAUCAUGAAACAACGCAAACAACUCGCGCACACGAACCUUGUCAGCGAGGUCCUCAGCCAACUCUCCUCCCGAUUCGUGCCCGACGUGAACAUGAUCAAGAAACGUAUCGAAAGCUUGAUUGACCGCGAAUACCUGGAACGAGUAGGCGAAGACCCUCCUGCGUACGGAUAUCUCGCCUGAAUUGCCUAUGGAUUCUCCCCCUUUCAUUUUCUUUUUCUCUUCUCAGCAGUUCGGUUAUCUUUUCAAUUUGGGAAAUUUUUCAUUUUUUUUAUAUCACAACCACAUGGGAAACAUCUGGAGCUUAGCGGUGAAGGGCGCAAAAAAAGGCAUCAUUUUCAUGUUCACAUAGAUUUUGGUCUGGUCGUUGAUUUCUUCCAUUUCUUUUCUCCCUUUUUCCUUUUUGAUUCCUUUUUUUCUUCCCUUCCAUGGGUGGACUUGGGCGAUGGAGACCAGCAAUAUGACGUAUUAUGAUGAUGAUUUGCUCUUCUGGACGAGCUGAAUGAUGUGAAUAAUUGGAGACAGAUGGUGUGGAAGUAAUGGCUGGUUUAUUAAAGAUAAUAAU